AUGGCUUAUCUGUAUGGAUACAACGAAAUAAUUCCAGGAUUGUAUCUCUCUUCGGGAAAUGCAGCGUGCAACGAGAUGAAUGCAGAGAAAUACAAAAUUUCGUGCAUUGUCAAUUGCACGCAUAAUUUGCCAAAUGCUGACUGGACUGAAAGAAGACGGGACAUCAAGCUCUGUAGAGUCAGCCUUCCGAGCGAAAGCGACCUCCUUACAGUCAACUACAGGGAUCGUCCAUCAGAACCUAUAAAGAACGCUUUUGAUACAAUAACAAGAGUCAUCAACGAAGAGCUAAAAAUUGGAGGUGCAGUUUUGGUUCACUGCAAUAUGGGAGUUUCAAGAUCAACAUCUGUAAUUCUCGCAUUUCUAAUGAAGUAUUGGGGAAUGCCGCUAAGGCGGGCGUUUGAGCUUGUCCGAAGCAAGAGAUCGUGCGUGAAUCCAAAUAUCGGAUUUUGGAAGCAGCUGAUCAAGUAUGAAGAGAUUAUCUUCCAUAAAAACACAGUCGAGUUCGAAAUUGGCCCCAAAGGCUGCAUGCCUAAUGUCUGUAUUUAA